CUUCUGGUCUGGAGGCGCGACGCGGCACCGCCGCCGCCGGCCAGCGAGCCAGCCCAUGAUCCGCUCCGGCUCGCCGGCAGCCAAGGCCGCCCCGGCUGCAGGGAGGGAGCCCCGGCCGAGGCAGGAGCAGCCGCGCCAAGCUGUGCGUGUCUGGAUUUGCAAAGACCCACCGGAGACAUCCUCGACUCCACACUCCAUCUCCACCCCCCAGCCCUGCACUUGCCUUGGCUUCUGCAGACACACGUGACGUGCUCAGAGGGAUGCUCCAAAGACCAGGGUGCGAGAGUUUCUGGAUGCCAGCUGAGCACGGUCUAGGGAAAGCUCCCUCCUUGGGGCUGCUGCCUUUGCGCCUUUCUGAGCGGCUGAACAUUCCGACCCCCACCUCCCUGGCUUCACCGGAGGUGCCUUUUAGGGCGAGGCCAAGCGGCGAGGCCAAGCGGCAAAAGAGUUUCCUGCGGUAGAAAUAAAACUGUUCUUUGCGGGGAGCACAUGGUGGUUGGGGCUCCCCACCGCUGCCGGCAUCCCAGGACCUGACCCGGAAGGGCCAUGAACCCGAGCGCCACCUCCCACCUGGCCGAUUCGCCCCAGCUCUCCAACAGCAGCCUCCUCAACAGCAUCCUGGGCAGCCCCCAGCCGGAGCGGAUGAGCCUGCCGGACUCCAUGCCCCCCACCCCCAAGAGCGGCACCCCCUCCCCGGGGCCCCCCCAGCUGCCCCUGCUGGGCGCCGGUUGCCUCGACGGCGACUGGGAGAGCCGCGAGGAGCUGCGCCUGCGGGAGCUGGAGGAGGCCCGGGCCCGGGCGGCCCAGAUGGAGAAGACGAUGCGCUGGUGGUCGGACUGCACCGCCAACUGGCGGGAGAAGUGGAGCAAGGUGCGGGCCGAGCGCAACAAGGCCCGGGAGGAAGUGCGCCAGCUGCGGCAGAAGCUGGAGGCCCUGACGAAGGAGCUGGCCAGCCUGAAGCGGGAGCGGCAAGAGGUGCUGAACGAGAACGAGCAGCUGGGGAAGGAGGUGGCGCGCCUGGCGGCGGCGGGCGGGCAGAAGGAGCAGGAGCGGGACAACCGGGUCGCCUCCGAGAAGGAGCGCGAGGCCGAGUCGGAGCCGGUGCGAGACGUGGGCUCCGAGAAGCUCCCGAGAAACAAGUCGUUGCAGGAGUUUGAGCUGAUGGAGAACCUCUUGAAGAGCAAACAGGAUGGAUCCGAGUGCUGGGACCAGCGCAGCUCCGUCAGCGUCCGCUCUGCCUUCACCCGCCCGGAGAGGAACCGGCUGAUCUGGGAGGACGUCUCUGUCAUUGAGGAGGACGCCACGAAGGUCACCGCCCUGAAGCUGAGGCUGGAUGAGUCCCAGAAAGUGCUGCUCAAAGAGCGGGAGGACAAGCUGUCCCUCAGCAAGAACAUCGAGAAGCUGGAAGGCGAGCUGAGCCAGUGGAAAAUCAAGUACGAAGAGCUGAGCAAGAACAAGCAGGAGGUGAUGAAGCAGCUGAACAUUCUCAAGGAGAUCCACCAGGAUGAGCUAGGACGCAUCUCCGAGGAUCUGGAAGACGAACUGGGGGCUCGAUCGAGUAUGGACAAGAAACUGGCAGAACUGAGAUCAGAGAUGGAGCGGCUGCAGGCGGAAAACGCAGCCGAGUGGGGGAAGCGGGAACGCCUGGAGACGGAGAAGCUGAACCUGGAAAGGGAGAACAAGAAGUUGCGGGCACAGAUUGAGGAUCUGGAGGAGGUCCUGGCUCGGAAGAGGAGGCAAACCGCUAGUGCCCUGGACACCGAUUUCAAGACCAUCCAGGCCGAGCUCUUUGAGAAGAACAAGGAGCUGGCGGACCUGAAGCACGUGCAUGCCAAGCUGAAGAAGCAGUCCCAAGAGAAGAUGGCGGAACUGGCCCAUGCUCACCGGCGAGUGGAGCAGCACGAGGGCGAGGUCAAGAAGCUGCGCCUGCGGGUGGAAGAGCUCAAGAAGGAGCUGGCCCAAGCCGAGGACGAGCUUGACGAGGCUCACAACCAAGCACGGAAAUUGCAGAGGUCGCUUGAUGAGCAGACAGAGCAGAGUGAGAACCUCCAAGUUCAGCUGGAGCAUCUGCAGUCCAGGCUUCGGCGUCAGCAGAAUAUCCCCCUUUUUGGGAAGAUCCGCAGUUCGCGCUUUGGCCCUGAGGACCAUGGCGAAGGCAACAGCGACCUGGAUGAAGACGAAGACCUCCAGAUCCAAGUUCCGUAGCAUCUGCAGCCUGAGAGAUGCUCCAGGAUGAGAGACCAGACCGCUGGGCUUGACUUGUGUCCAGGGGGCAACUUUUGAGCUCACUGAGCAUAUUCUUCUUUUGCCAACCCCAGGGAGCGCAAACUCCAAGCUGGGAGAGAUGUCCAGACUUCCAUUCGCUGCUCUCCAUGGUGAGAAACUUUGGCGGCCGGCCUUCAGAGAGAUUUGAUCUUCAGAGACGUCCUGGAAUACUCCAGGGCAGGAACUGGCCAACUUCAUAUCAACUUUUGCAACUUCUUAUCACUUCUCCUUCGUCCCACACAGCCCCUAAAACAUCCUUGGUGCUAUAAGGCUUAGAGGGCCAGCUGUACAUGCUUCAGAGCCACUGUCUGUAUUUAAAGACCCCUGUUGCCUUGC